AUGUCUCCAUUAAACGUAGGUAUCGUUGGUACCGGUAUUUUUGCUACCGACACCCAUCUUCCAACCUUCUCCAAGAUUCCAGAUAUCAAACCAGUUGCCUGUUACAAUAGAACUAAAGCCAAGGCUGAAACAUUCGCAACGAAGGCCAGCAUUCCUCAAGAACAAGUGUACGAUUCCCUUGAGUCAAUUUUUGAGGCUAAGGAUGUCGACUUUAUCGAUGCCUUGCUCCCAGUACAAUUCAAUUUAGAUGCUGUGAAGUUAGCCGUCAAGAAUAAGAAGCCAAUUGCUUUAGAAAAGCCAAUUGCUGCCAACAUGGAGCAAGCAAGGAGUAUAGUUAACUUGUCCAGAGAAACAGACUUACCAAUCGCCAUUUUGGAAAAUUGGUCUUACAGAAAGUCAAUUGAUAUUUUAAAGAAAGAGAUCAUCCCAAAGAUCGGUGAAGUUGUUUCAUUUACAUACAAAUCUACUGGUCCAUGGAAUGACAAUAACAAGUACUUGGCCACUUCUUGGAGACAAAAGCCAGAACAUAUUGGAGGUUUUCUCUCCGAUGGUGGUGUACAUCAAUUGGCAUUACUUACAGAUGUGUUGGGACCAGUGGAAAGUGUCUCUGGAUUGACCAAGCAACUCAGAAAGGAAAGUGGUACUGACGAUGUGCUCUUCUCCACUUUUAAGUUGGCCAGUGGUGUUAUUGGUACUUUCACAUACGGUUCUUCCUUUGGAGCUACCGAGAAGUCAACCUCUUUCAUCAUUUAUGGUUUGGAAGGAUCAUUAACCUAUGACUUUUCUCCACAUUUGGCUAAACCAACUAUCACCUACCAAACUGGCGCAGGUUCUGCUAGUGCUUCCGAGCCAAUUGUUGUGGAGGUUGAUGAGGCUAAUACCUUUGUUGCUGAAUUCGAAAACUUUGUUUCUGCGGUGAAGUCUGGUAACAAGGGUGACGUGCAUGUUAAGCCAGAGAAUGCGUUCCACCACUUAGCCAUCGUUGCAGCUGCGUUAGAAAGUAGUGCUAAGGGAGGUGACAAUGUCAAAGUUGAAACUAUAUAA